AUGACAGAUCAGGCUUUUGUGACGCUGACCACAAACAAUGCCUAUGCCAAAGGCUCAUCUUUGAAACAGCACCGGACUACAAGGAGGAUGGUUGUACUCGCCAGCCCACAGGUUUCAGACUCCAUGAGAAAAGUUUUAGAGACCGUGUUCAAUGAAGUCAUCAUGGUAGAUGUCUUGGACAGUGGCGAUUCUGCUCAUCUCACCUUAAUGAAGAGACCCAAGUUGGGCAUCACAUUGACUAAACUCCACUGCUGGUCCCUUACUCAGUAUUCCAAAUGUGUGUUUAUGGAUGCAGAUACUCUGGUCCUCUCAAAUACUGAUGAUCUGUUUGAAAGGGAAGAAUUGUCAGUGGCACCAGACCCAGGAUGGCCUGACUGUUUCAACUCUGGAGUCUUUGUUUAUCAACCCUCAAUGGAAACAUAUAACCAGCUGUUGCAUCUUGCUUCUGAGCAAGGCAGUUUUGAUGGUGGGGACCAGGGUCUACUGAAUACAUAUUUUAGUGGCUGGGCGACCACAGAUAUCACAAAACACCUGCCAUUUGUGUAUAACCUAAGCAGCAUUUCAAUAUACUCCUACCUCCCAGCAUUUAAAGCGUUUGGUAAAAAUGCCAAAGUUGUGCACUUCCUGGGACAAACCAAGCCAUGGAAUUACUCUUACAAUGCCCAAACAAAAAGUGUCAAAUGUGAAUCCCAGGACCCAACCAUGAGUCACCCAGAGUUUCUGAACCUG